AUGAUAAAACCCCCCUUUAUGCGGAUUCCCUACACGGGCCCUCUCCCACCACCAAAUAUUAUCCCCCGGAAUGCCAACACCGUCACGGGUGCCAUCGCCGCUCUCUCCAGAUUCCUGACUGCCCCGCCAUCCCCCUCGCUACGGCCAGAUGGGGUGACCGAUCCAAAUUCGACGGUGAUACUGACGGGCGCGGGAAUCUCAGUGGCAUCCGGGCUGGCAGACUACCGAGGGACGAAUGGCACGUACCGGGUCAACAAGACCUACCGCCCCAUCUACUAUCAUGAGUUUCUGGCAAGUCAUGAGGCGAGGAAGAGGUAUUGGGCACGCAGCUUUCUGGGCUGGACGAAUCUACACAAGGCCAGGCCGAAUCUCGCACACUAUGCGAUCAAAAGCCUGGGCGAGUUGGGCAUCGUGAGGAGUGUGGUCACGCAGAAUGUGGAUUCUUUCCACUCGGCUGCUCAUCCAGAACUCCCAACUCUGGAGCUUCAUGGGUAUCUGAGGGCUCUCACUUGUGUCACUUGCCAUAAAGAUCUGCCGAGAGAGGCGUUCCAGGAUGCACUUUCGAGAUUGAACCCAGCUUGGGCUGCUUUCUUGGUGAAAGCGAUUGAGUCGGGGGCACUUGAUACUGAGAAUCCAGACGAGAGGAGGGCAAAGGGCAUAAAGACGAACCCCGACGGCGAUGUUGAUCUACCAGGAGCUCCAUAUACAACUUUCAGAUACCCGGCUUGCCCUCAUUGUUUAAUGAAUCCACCCGUGGCAGGAGACGGAACGCAAGCAAUAGUUGAGGUCGACGCUGAGGGGGCUUGGAAGCCAACAAGCACUGCGGGGAUAUUGAAGCCGGCCGUUGUGAUGUUCGGCGAGAGCAUAGCGACAACCGUCAAGGAUGCGGCUGAAAAAGCAAUCGAUGGGUCUGGCAGACUACUGAUCCUGGGUACUUCCCUGGCAACGUAUUCUGCCUGGAGACUUGCGAAAAGGGCUAAUGAACGGGGUAUGCCGAUUGCGAUAUUGAACAUUGGAGGAGUGAGAGGAGAAGAAGCUUUCUUCCAGAAUCUGCCUAUGGGCCAGACUGGAGAAGCUGCUGUCCGAGUCGAAUUAGGUACCGAUAGGGUUCUUCCUGGACUCGUAGAUCAGCUGAAGAGGACGGGGCUUGUCUCGAAAGUCGAUAACCCAAGAUCCACACGUAAAGAACACGCAAACAGCAGCAUUUUCAAAGAUAUGCUGUCAUAA